AUGGACUGGUUUGGCCGUGCGAAGAUCGCUUUCACCCACUCGCCUUCGCCGUUGGCCCUGCAAAGGAAAGAUGGCACCGCGACGGACUUGCUGAAGGUCUGCGAAGCCAGCACUCCGACCUGCCAGCUUAACCCCCUGCUCUUCAACGGUCACCUUCAGACCAUGUGGACUGCUGUUAAGGAGCACGGCCCACCGAUCUAUUACCGUAGGAAGAUAUUUGACGCCGACCACAAGACGUACACCGGCACUUUCACGGUCGACUUUGCGGUAGACCCGCACGCGGAUGUGGACGAGGCGCUGCCGCCGAGGACUGCCUUCUUUUCGGAGGAUGACUUUGCCAAGAUCGGCUCCGACGAUAGCAGGCCUAUGCUUAUUGUGCUGCACGGCCUUUCUGGCGGCUCUCACGAGAUCUACCUACGGCAUGCCAUUGCGCCUCUGGUCAUGAACGGCGGGAACUGGGAUGUCUGCGUCGUGAACGCCCGCGGGUGCGCCAACAGCAAGGUGACGAGCGGUCUCCUCUUCAACGCAAGGGCUACCUGGGACGUUCGGCAGUUUGUGAAAUGGGCAAAGCAAACCUUCCCCAACCGGCCGCUCUUCGGCCUCGGGUUUUCUCUGGGCGCCAACAUCCUGACCAACUAUGUGGGCGAGGAAGGGGCGAAUUGUCUCCUGAAAGGGGCCAUCUCUGUGGCCAACCCCUUCGACUUGGAGAUUGCGAACAAGGCUCUUCAGCGGACACUGCUGGGGAAGCAGGUGUACUCGCGGGUCAUGGGGAAUUACGAUCGGAUUCAGAACGUGACGUGGUCACUGACAAUCUGGCCUAGGACCGUAACAUGGGGCUACCCCACCGAGAAUGCUUACUACCGCGACGCAUCAUCGACAGACGCGAUUCUCGCCAUCAGGAUCCCGUUUCUUGCCAUCUCCGCCUUGGAUGACCCGAUCGCGGUAUACGAUGCCAUCCCCUUCCAGGAGUUCGCCCACAACCCGUACACAGUGCUUGCUACGACCUCACUCGGCGGGCAUAUCUCAUGGUUCAAGAUUGGCGGUGGGAGAUGGCAUGCUCGGCCGAUUUGCGAGUUCCUGAACCGCAUGGUCACCGAGAUCGACCUCGACGCCAUUAACCCCAACGCCAACGGAGCACACUCCAAAACUCAGUUUGUCACUGAGUUCGACCCGGUAAGGCGGAAGUUGCAAAUUCUCAGCAAUUGA